AUGCGCUCAGCUGUCAAGUUUGGCAAUCUCAUCAUGACCGGUGGGGACAUUUGUAGCGAGUCUGGUGGUUGUGAUGAGAGUGGGCUAGAAGAAGCCUGCCGAAAAUCCGCUGUCACCGUGGCGGUGUUCUCCGAUCGGGUUGAGUUGCGCCUUGUAACUAGAGGAGAACCUAGUUAUGGAGAAUCUCGAGCUGAUGAGGUGCUGGGCGCAGAACUGGUUGAGAUGGAGGUUGGGAUCGGCUCAAUCUUGGCAUCCUCCGCUAUCACCAUUGAAUGCCAUCAUAUGCAACCACCAAGAAGCCAGUUUGACUGUAACCCUGCCAAGUUUCCGGGUUCGACCACGGAAUACUCUUCAUGUCGACUGCCCUGCUAUCCCCCUUCAGAAGAAGCAACGAAAGACGAACUCUGCCCAAUAAUCUCUGUUGGGAUGAAGCGGUGA